AUGGCCUCACAGAAAGUGUGGCUGCUGUGCCUGCUAGUCACAGUGAUUUGCUCCUUCCAUGUGAAUUUACUCCCUGGAGUUCAAGGGCAGGCACAAGGUGCGGUGAAAGAUGAUGAUGACGAUGACGAUAAUAAUGACAACGCUCAUGUAGAUAAUGAUGACGACGAUGAUGAUGGAGAUAAUAAAGACGAUGAUGACGACGAUGAUGAUGACGACGAUGAUAAUGAUGAUAAAGAUGAUGACGACGAUGAUGACGACGAUGAUGAUGACGAUGAUAACGACGAUGAUGACGACGAUGAUGACGACGAUGAUGACGACGAUGAUGACGACGAUGAUGACGACGAUGAUGAUGACGAUGACGAUGAUGAUAAAGAUGAUGAUGAUGACGACGAUGAUGACGACGACGAUGAUGAUGACGACGAUGAUGACGACGAUGAUAAAGAUGAUGAUGACGACGAUGACGACGAUGAUGAUGAAGACGACGAUGACGACGAUGAUGAUGAUGACGACGAUGAUGACGACGACGAUGAUGACGACGAUCAAAUAGUAAAAAAGCAGGAAGAUGAUGAUGACGACGAUGAUGACGACGAUGAUGAUGACGACGAUGAUGACGACGACGACGACGAUGAUGACGACGAUGAUGACGAUGAUGAUGACGAUGAUGAUGACGAUGAAGAUGAGAACAAGGGAAAAAAACAGGAAGCUGAUGAUGAUGAUGAUGAAGAUGAUGAUGAUGAAGAUGACGAUGAUGACGACGAUGAUGAUGACGAUGAUGAUGACGAAGAUGAUGAAUACAAAGCAGGGUCACUGUGCCACUACUGUGCAUUCUGCAAGCACUGCGGAGACUGUGAUAAAUGCCCCUGUGAAGAAAAGGAUAAGAGCGAACAUUGUAAAAACUGCGAGCAUUGCCAGUUUUGCUAUGUGUGCCCAGUUAUAUGUGAGACAGCCUGCAAGCCUGGGAGCUACAUAGAUGAACUCUCAGGAGCUCUGUAUCAGACUGUCGCCAACAUAUUUGAAUAGAAUGAAAACGUUCAGCUUCCAGGCACCAUGGAAUAGAAAGCUGAACACUGGACUUUUCUUCAUUGGGUAACAUUUCUAUAUCACAAGGAUAUUUGAAGCCACGGUUAAAAGAUGAUGUGGUGGUAGUCACUGGCAUUCGGGAUGAUCAUGCCCAGGAGUCUUUACGGGACUCUAUUGAAUGCCAGGAAGACGGCCAGUGAGCCACCCACCACCAUCGUAUUCCAUUGCCCCAGUAAGGAUUUCUACCUCCUGAACACCAUUCGGAGACAUAGUCUUCAACAUGGCUCCUUCUGAGGGAGUCAGAGAAGAUGCCUGUCUAAUCUUUCUAAGAAGAUCACAUACUGCUGAUGAAUGAAGCUGAUAUCUCCAGGUCUCUUUCAAGGAAAUAAAGAUUUAUUACUCGAGAAGGGUCAAAAUAAUGAUAAUUCAUGCCAAAAAUUGGGGCUCCCCAAUUCAGUGUCGCCUGCCAUGGGUCAAACAUUAUCCCUCCUUUUCCUUAUGGAAGAAUGACAGAUAAAGGAACAUAUAUUUAUUUAUUUUAUGUGAAGUGUUACAAGUCUCAAAUCCAACAAUAAAUGUA